AUGUUUGCCGCAGCGACCGCACUCUUCGCGCGUACAAACAUAUCGCAGAACUACAAUAUCGGGGGUUCCGCCAUCGGCAGUAGGACGUCGACGCCCGGUCCGUCAAGCUCCUCGAGUGCUGCUCUGCCUGCCGCGGCUGCGCAUGCGCCGCCAUUCAACGUCGGGCCUUGGCGUGUACAGUCUGCAACGCACAAGGUCACUGGGAAACGCGUGUCGGUAUGGAGUGCGGACAAGCGCAGCCAGGAGAUGGAACGCAUGGGACCGGUGUCGAAGGAGCGCACAAUAGAGGUGCUCAAGUCUGAGGCAUCCGCGCUGGGCCGCUUGCGGCAUCCUUGCAUCCUCGAGAUGGUUGAGCCGCUUGAGGAGACCCGGAAUGAACUUAUAUUCGCGACCGAGCCCAUCAUAUCCUCCCUGCACCUCUCUAUACCUGGUUCUUUCCAGUACACGCCGCUCGUCGAGCUAGACGAAGUCGAAAUCCAAAAGGGAAUCCUGCAGGUUUGCAAAGGCCUGGCGUUUUUGCACACCUCUGCGCGCACGAUCCACACGAAUCUCACACCGGAAGCUAUCUUGAUUAAUAAUGCUGGAGAUUGGAAAAUCUCUGGGCUCGGCCUUACCAUCGCGCUCGCUGGGCCCAGCGGCGCACCCACAAAAUGGGAAUUUCCCACCUUUGAUGGACGAGUCUCGCCAUAUACACAGCGUUCUUUCGACUACAUGGCGCCGGAGUACGCUCUGGACGAGAUGCUCGACCCCGCAUCGGACAUGUACUCGUUGGGCUGCCUCAUGUAUGCCGUGCACUCCAAAGGCAAUCCGCCGUUCAAGACGCACGGCAGCCUCGGCGCAGUCCGCGAGCAUGCGGGCAAGCCUAUUCCUGCCAUGGAGCGGCUCGACUCGGAUCUACGCGUACUGCUCAACACGCUCGUCACGCGGCAUCCGCAUGAGCGGCCCGCUCCUGGUGACCUUCCAGCCCACGCCUUCUUCUCGUCACUCCCGAUCUCAACGCUCAACUUCCUCGAUCGCUCCAACUUUGCCGCCAAGUCGCGCGAGGAGAAGAUCUCGUUUAUGAAGGGGCUGACGAGCGUGCUUGGCCGUUUCAGCGAAGGCUUGCGGAUACGCAAGAUCUUGCCAUCGCUCCUCGAGGAGAUGAAGGAUACCCAGCUACUACCGUAUAUUUUGCCCAAUAUCUUUGUUAUUUCGCAGAUUUUAUCGUCGAGUCAAUUCGCGACGCUCGUACUUCCGAGCCUCAAGCCGCUGUUUGUAAUUAAGGAACCGCCACAGAACAUGCUGACUCUCCUCGACAACCUGCAGAUGCUGCAGGACAAGACCGAGAAGGUCGUUUUCCGGGAACACGUGCUUCCUCUUGUGUAUAACGCGCUGGAAUCGGAACACGCCAUUGUCCAAGAACGUGCCUUGAAGGCCGUUCCCGACCUAUGCGAAACGAUCGAUUACGCUGAAGUACAAGGUGUAUUAUUCCCUCGCGUUGCCCUCGUCUUUACGAAGACUCGUGUAUUAUCAGUAAAGGUGGCAACUCUGGUCACAUUCCUUGCCAUGGUGAAGACGCUAGACCAGACAAGUCUGACUCAGAAGCUUGUACCAUUGCUAUCGAAGAUCAGGACAAAAGAGCCUGCCGUCACGAUGGCAACGCUCGCCGUGCAAGAAGCCACGGGCAUGAAGGUCGACCGUGAAGCUGUAGCUACCCUCGUCUUGCCACAAUUAUGGGCAAUGUCUAUGGGCCCUUUGCUCACUGUCUCGCAGUUCAAACGCUUCAUGGAGGUGAUACGUAAGUUGGGUGAUCGCGUCGAGCGCGAGCACGACCAAUAUCUACGAGAUUCGCAACGGAUCGAAGACCGUUCGGCGACAGCAGCGCAUGGCGCGAACGGAGUCAACGUAGAUGGUGGCGUCGACUUCGAGAGUCUGGUCACGAACGGGUCUGCCGGAGGCAAUGUGGCAACCGUCAAGGCCGAUACGGUCAUUGACAGCUCGAAGAACUGGGAAGAUGACGUCUGGGGCAGUAUAUUCACAAGUAGCCCAGCAACGCCUCCAAUGCAAAGCCCCACAAUUUCUCCGCCACCAGCACCUGCAUUUCAGCAGACGCAGUCGAUGCCAUCGCCGCCUAGACCUAGCACCACCAUACGUGCGGCCUCGAAAAGCAUUCUCAAUCCGUCUGCACGGCGUUUGGGCGCAACUCCGAUACCCUCAACUUCCUUCAGCGCGGCUUCAUUCUCACCGCCGCCAAUAUCGUCACCGCACGCAGCGCCCUUUUCUACAUCUAGCUUUAUAACACCACAAAUACAGCCAUCAAUGCCGGCCACCACAACACAGAGUCCCGCUCCUAACUACAACAUUUCGCUGACGGCUACCCCGCCCAUCACCAUGUCGACGCCACCAUUGACGAGCUUGUCGACGCCACCAAUGUUCUCGUCACCGCUGGUGCCGUCACGACCAUCGCAACCAAGCUGGCAAAGUAGCGGCACGACGAAGCAGCUUACGAAGGACGAUUGGGGAGAUUUCGAUCCACUGUCGUAGAGCCUGUCCGCUCCUUACACCAUUUGACCAUAUGAUAUCAUCGGACUUCACUCAU